AUGCAAGAAGUUUCUAUUUGGAGCACUCUUGAACACUCCAAUAUUGCCAAGUUUAUUGGAGCUAUAAAAAAGAAUAAUAUGUCAAAUAUAAAAAUGAAAUGUCAAAAAGGUUCAGUAAAUGGAUGUUGCAUAGUUGUGGAAUAUGUUGGUGGAGGAACUCUUACAUCCUAUCUUUCAAAAUACACAAUGAAGAAGAAGUUACCUUUGGAUACUAUUCUCCAACUUGCAAUCGAUGUUGCUAAAGGAUUAAGUUACCUUCAUUCAGAAAAGAUUGCUCAUAGAGAUGUGAAGACUGAAAAUUUACUUCUUGACAAAACUGGAAGAGUGAAGAUAAUUGAUUUUGGAAUCUCUAGUCCAUUCUUUUCUCUUGGCUUGGAUUAUCCUCCUAUGAUGGUUGGAACAACUGGGACUAUGGGUUACAUGGCUCCUGAGGUUUUGAGCGAAGUGUCGUAUGAUCACAAGUGUGAUGUCUAUAGCUUUGGAAUUUGCUUGUGGGAAAUGUACACUUGUUUAGAUCCAUAUCCUGAACACAUUUCUCGUAGUAAAAUCUCAAAUCAAAUUUAUAAGGAUCGAAGGCCUGAGAUACCAAAAUGUUGUCCAACAGCAUUAUCAGAUAUAAUGAAAAAAUGUUGGGAUGCAAAGCCACAAAACAGGCCAGAGAUGAAGGAAGUGUUGCAAAUGUUACAAGACAUUCAGACAAGUACAGGAAAACGAAAGCACAUGUUUUGUUUUGCCUAG